AUGGCUUCACUUGCAAAGGGUCGGCCUUCGCGUCGCUCUGCUUCCCGAAAGAGCUAUGUUGUCGAAGAAACUUCCGAAUCAGAGGAUGCUGGGAAUGUUACGCCCACGGCUUCAACACAGACUGAUGACGACGAAGAUGAAUCCGAAGAACAGGACUAUACCCCGGUACCCAAGAAGGCGAAACGAGUGUCGCGGAGCUCUAUGAAGCUCGAACCAACUACGCCUUCCACUGUGCGACCGGCGCGCAGGUCUCGGCCAUCAGUCGCGGCGUCAGUCGCAGACGAAUCCGACGCAUCGCAGGUUACCGAUACGGACGAAAAUAACGAGAACGAAGAAAGAGCUAGCAUUGUCUCGGUUGAGGCUGACCCCGAGUCUCCCUCCAACAAUGCAGCAUUGAAAAGAAAAAGUGUCGAGGCUGUGGAGGCGGACCCGAGUUCCCCCUCCACCCAGGCUGCUUUGAAAAAACAUAGUAUGGCUCACCCCCGCAAGAGUCGUGGCUCAAUUACACCUAAACCGGCCAAGGACUCACUUCCCACUCCAGAGCCGUCCGCGUCGCCAGAGUCCGAAGUGCGGGCUCAUCGGGAAAGCGUACCGCCUCUUUCCGACAUCACCGAGUCCGCCGUUAACCAAUCGCAAUCGCCAUCGAAACAACCGGAGGAGCCCAAGUCCCAGGUUUCAUAUAUCAAUCCCAACUCUACUGUGCUCGAAAAACCCAUGGAUAUUGUAAUGAAGUCAAGGAAUAUGGCUGCUCCCACCGUAGAGGAGCCCGCUGAGGCCAAGCCUCGAAUGAUCAUCCAAAACUUGAUUCUCACCAACUUCAAGAGUUACGCAGGAAAACAAGUUGUUGGUCCUUUCCAUGCUUCAUUCUCAUCAGUGGUUGGACCGAACGGCUCGGGCAAGUCCAACGUUAUUGAUUCCCUUCUCUUUGUGUUUGGCUUCCGUGCUAGCAAGAUGCGACAGGGCAAAAUCUCGGCGUUGAUCCACAACUCUGCUGAACACCCCAACCUACCAUUCUGCGAAGUAGAGGUCCACUUUGAGCAAGUUCUCGACCUUCCUGACGGCGGCCACGAAGUCAUCGAAGAUUCCCAACUGAUCGUCUCUCGACGCGCAUUCAAGAACAACAGCAGCAAAUAUUAUAUGAACAAGAAGGAGACAAAUUUCACCGCUGUCACCACCUUUCUCCGUGAUCGCGGCAUUGAUCUCGACCACAAGCGUUUCUUAAUUCUGCAGGGUGAAGUCGAGUCAAUUGCUCAGAUGAAAGCUAAGGCCAGCAACGAACACGACGAAGGUCUCCUUGAAUAUCUUGAAGAUAUUAUUGGAACCUCCAAGUAUAAGACACCGAUUGAUGAAGCCGCCACUGAGCUUGAGACCUUGAAUGACGUCUGUGCCGAGAAGAACAACCGCGUGCAGCACGUUGAGAAGGAGAAGACUGCGCUGGUAGAUAAGAAAGACAAGGCACUUGCUUAUCUUCGCGACGAGAACGAACUCUCUGAGAAGCAAUCCGCGCUCUAUCAGAUAUACAUUGAUGAGUGUGUCGACAACGUUCGUGUGACCGAAGAGGCUAUUCUUCAGAUGCAAGAACUCUUGAACAUGGAGCUUGAGAAGCACGAAGGAAAUGAAUCCGGCAUCAAAGAGCUCGAGAAGCAAUACAAGCGUGGUGUUCGGGAAUACGAGUUGAUGGAGAAAGAUGUCCAAGGAUUGUUGAAAGAAAUGGCUAAGUACGACAAGGAAUCCGUCAAGUUCGAAGAGAAAAAGAAAUUCUUGGUCGGCAAGCAAAAGAAACUCGAGAAAACCAUGCAGACCAGCAGGCUUGCUGCUUCUGAGUGCCAGAGCUUGGUUGAGAAGUUCACCGACGACAUUGAGAGGAAAUCUGGCGAGACCACUGAGCUAGAGCAGGAGAUGCAAGUAGAGGAGGAGGAGUUGAACUCUAUUCGUGAGAGCCUGAAAGGAAAGACCCAGGGUCUUUCAGACCAGAUCUCCGCCAAGCAAAAGUCCUUAGAGCCUUGGAACGAACAGAUCAACAAGAAACAAUCCGCGGUUGCCGUGGCACAGAGUGAACUCGAUAUUUUGCGCGAGAGAAGCAACGCCGGCGCCGUCUUGCUCGAAGAGGCCCAUGGCAAGAUCGCUUCGAUCGAAGAAACUCUACAGACUAAGCAAACUGAUCUUGAAGAACGCCAAGCUCAGAAGGAGACCUUGGAAGCUGAAGUUCAAAAAUUGCAGCAUGAUUUGAAGAAGUAUGUUGCUCGCGAGCCUGAAGUUCGUGCGCAUGUUUCCAGUGCUCGUCAAAAGGCCGAUGAAGCACGAGCAAGUCUUGCAAGCACCCAAAAUCGAGGCAGCGUUCUGACAGGAUUAAUGCGACUCAAGGAAUCUGGUCGUAUCGAUGGUUUCCACGGCCGCCUCGGUAACUUGGGUACUAUCGACGAGCAGUACGAUGUUGCCAUUUCCACCGCCUGCCCAGCUCUCGACAAUAUGGUAGUAGAAACAGUGGAGGUUGGUCAACACUGUAUUGACUAUCUUCGCAAAAAUAACCUUGGCCGAGCCAACUUCAUUCUCUUGGAUCGCCUCCCUCGCCGUGACAUGUCAACUAUCUACACACCCGAGAGUGUUCCUCGUCUGUUUGAUCUUGUUAAGCCCAAGGAUCCAAAGUUUGCACCGGCCUUCUACAGUGUUAUGCAAAACACCCUCGUUGCCAAAGAUCUUGAACAAGCAAACAGAAUUGCCUACGGUGCUCGUCGAUGGCGUGUUGUGACAUUGGACGGACAAUUAAUUGAUGUAUCAGGAACCAUGAGUGGUGGCGGUACUCGUGUCGCGCGUGGUGGUAUGUCUUCGAAGCAAGUCGCAGACACCACAAAAGAGCAAGUUGGCCGCCUGGAAACCGAUCUGGAGGAAUUGGAACGCAAGUUCCAAACAUUUUCAGACAAGCAACGAAAUGUCGAAUCUCAAAUACGCGACAAGACCGAUGAAAUCCCGCGCGUCGAGACCAAGAUCCAAAAGAUCAUGAUUGAGAUCGAUAGUGCCAAGCGCAGUCUUGCAGAUGCUCAGCGACGCAUCACAGAGAUCAGUGCCGAGCAUAAGCCAUCUAAGUCUGAUGAAACCCAGGCCACCGCGCUGGAGGAGCAAAUUGAGGCUAUCAACAAUGAGAUCGAAGACCUCAACAGCCAAAAGAGCGGCAUUGAAGAAGAGAUCCAGACCUUGCAGAGCAAGAUUAUGGAAGUCGGUGGUGUACGUCUGCGUGGGCAGAGAGCCAAGGUCGAUGGCCUGAAAGAGCAAAUCAGCCUGCUGUCUGACGAAAUCUCCAACGCAGAAGUGCAGAAGUCUAAGAACGAGAAGCUUAUCACUAAACACACCAAAGCUCGUGACGGGUCUGAAAAGGAGAUCGGUCAGAUCACUAAUGAUUUAGAGAAAUUGGAGGCAGAUGUUGAAAACCAGACGACUGAGUCUUCUGGCUGGAGAGAGAAAGCCGAUGAGGCCCAAGAGGCUCUCGAGACGAAGAAGGAGGACUUGAAGACCCUUAAGGAGAACCUUGACCAAAAGGUGGCUGAACUCAAUGAGACUCGGGCCACUGAGAUCGAAAUGAAAAACAAGCUAGAGGAGAACCAGAAAGCCUUGGCCGAAAACCAGAAGCGCAGCCGCUACUGGGAAGAGAAGCUCUCCAAAUUGUCCUUGCAGAACGUUAGUGACUUGGGCGAAGAGCAAGAGUCUACGGAGCUCCAGACGUACACCAAGGACGAGCUUGAUGCGAUGAACAAGGAGUCUCUGAAAGCGGUGAUCGUUACGCUGGAGGAGAAGGUUCAGAAUGCCUCUGUUGAUCUCGCAGUCAUUGAAGAGUACCGUCGUCGAUCUGCCGAGCAUGAAGCCCGGUCCGCAGACUUGAACACUGCUUUAACAACCCGUGAUAGUGCCAAGGCUCGCCUGGAUGGCCUUCGAUCCGCUCGAUUGAAUGGCUUCAUGGAAGGAUUUGGUAUCAUCUCCCUUCGUCUCAAGGAAAUGUACCAAAUGAUCACCAUGGGUGGUAAUGCCGAAUUGGAACUCGUCGACUCUUUGGAUCCUUUCUCAGAGGGUAUCCUUUUCUCCGUCAUGCCACCCAAAAAGAGCUGGAAGAACAUUGGUAACCUGUCUGGUGGUGAAAAGACAUUGUCCAGUCUGGCAUUGGUGUUUGCUCUGCACCACUAUAAACCUACUCCGCUCUAUGUCAUGGACGAAAUUGAUGCUGCCCUUGAUUUCCGAAACGUUUCUAUUGUUGCCUCAUACAUUAAGGAGCGAACAAAGAACGCCCAAUUUAUUGUCAUUUCUCUGAGAAACAAUAUGUUCGAACUUGCUUCUAGACUUGUUGGUGUUUACAAGGUCAACCAUAUGACCAAGAGUGUCACGAUCGAGAACAGAGACUAUAUUGAGGGUCGGUAA